AUGCUGACUGAACAGCAGCCCAAAGACUGCGUCGAUCGUCGCGACGGUGCACAACCAGAUUAUGACCCAGGCAGCACCGCCGAUGAUCACGGCGAACACGACACAGCGACCCUUUCGGAAGCGACGCACGCCGAGGCUUGCGACAACGAGCGGAAUCUCAAAGAUGACGCCGUAGCUGCAGGCGAUGUAGAGGCGGGGCCUGCUAUGCCAGCAGCCGCUUCAAGCGCAGUGGGCGGCAAUGAAGCCGAAAAGUAUGUUCCCACCGAGCAGACGAAUUAUGUCCCGCGAAGGCAAAUCAUCAUCAUCUUCUUUGUGCUGGCUGCAUCGACCAUGUGCAGCCUUUUGGACCAAUCCACCCUGGCGGUCGCCAUUCCUAUCAUUUCCUCCGAGCUCGGCAGCGGCACUCAGAGGGCAUGGAUUUCGAGCGCUUACUUUCUAACCAGCACUUCAUUUCAGCUGCUCUACGGACGGAUAUCCGACAUUUGCGGUCGAAAGAAUUGUCUGUUGGGAUGCGUUGUCAUCUUUUUCUUCGGAAGCCUCGCCAGCUCGCUCGCGCGGACGACCACCCAGCUCGCGAUUUUCAGGGCCUUUACCGGCAUCGGUGGCGGUGGCCUCAUCACCCUGAGUCAGGUCGUCAUUUCGGACGUGGUUUCCCUGCGCCAAAGAGGAACUUAUCAGGGUAUUCUCGGUGCCGUCGUAGCCGUAUUCAACGGAGUAGGACCCAUCAUUGGGGGUGCGUUCGCGAGCAAGGCUAGCUGGAGAGACAUCUUUCGACUUCAACUUCCGCUAUCUGCCUUCAGCUUCGCCAUGGUUUUUUUCUUUCUGCCAACUAAAAAGGUGCACGGGAGCGCCAAAGCCAAAUUCAAAGCUAUCGAUUGGGUCGGUGCAAUCCUGACCCUGGCUUCCUCGCUUCUUAUCGUCCUCGGUCUCACGUGGAGAGGCGGUGAACAUCCUUGGUCUUCCUCCUGGGUUCUCGGCCCUCUCAUCGUCGGCGGGAGCGUUGCCGUAGUGUUCUGCUUAUGGGAAUGGAAGGGCACACGCUUGCCGCUCAUGCCUCUCCAGCUCUUUCGCAAGCGUAUCAUCGUCGGUGGCAUGAUCUGCCAGCUCAUCAAUGGAUGGGUCUUUCUCGUGCAGAUCUUCUACAUCACUCAAUUCUACCAACUGGUGUUUGGUUAUCCAGCUAUCAUCGCAGCUGCGCUAAUCAUUCCGCUCACCGUGGUACAGACCCUCUCGUCUACCGCAAGUGGCUUGAUCCUCAGCUGGACCGGCACGUAUCGUUGGAACCUCCUCGUGGGCUGGAUCGUCUGGAGCGUCGCCAUGGGCCUCUUCAGCACUUUGAGAGAAGGAGAUGGCAAGGGCAAACAGAUCGGUUAUGGCUUGCUCGCUGGUGUCGGCGUCGGCAACACGCUCAGCAUCUCGCUGGUGGCAAUGCAAGGCGCUGUGGAGCGCAAAGACCAAGCUGUCACCACUGCAGCACGCAACUUCUUUCGAAACCUCGGUGGUAGUCUAGGACUUGCGGUUGCUGCUACAAUCAUCAACAACGUGACCGUCAGCGCACUACAGCCGUUGGGAUGGUCGACUGAGCGCAUCAAGCAAGUGUUGAACGACCCUUCUGCUUUGCUGCAAAGUUCUCUAGGAGGCUCUGACAGCAAUGCCGCUCCUCUUAGCGCGGAAGAGCUCAGUCAGCUACGAGAAGCCUACCGACAAGGCUUUUCCAACAAUUUUUACCUCUUGGCCGCUCUCACGGCUGCUGCAUUCUUUGUCACGCUUUUCCUGAUCCCGCAGCGGUCUGUCGAUCGCAGCGAUGACCAAGCGCUGCGAGAUCAAGCGAAGAAAGAGCUCGAUGAGAAAAAGCAAACCAGAAAUGCGAAGAAUUUCUCUGGUGAGACCUCGCCAGUCCAGAGCGCUUCGGAUGCUCAAGGAAGCUCGCAUCCUCGAGCUGCGGAGGCCACCGAGUCGCAGGCAUCUACAUCGACUCCAGCUGCUGUGCUAGACGCUGGGACGCGCUAG